AUGCGGGAGUUCGCAAGUUUCACUUCUCCCUCAAGCCGUCAUAUCAUGUCGCUGCACCGUGCAUCUCUACAAGGUCUCCCAGAGGAAAUACUCUCUGAAAUCAUAAGCUACCAUGGCUAUCAACAAAAUAUUCCACGGAGGUACAGGAUUGCUUACACCUUGUCGCAAGUCAACCAUCGACUCAGAGAGAGCGCCUUGCCCUUCCUCAUACGAGACAUUGGAGUACGAAAUUGUCAGGUGGCCUGUUCUGUUGUCCGUUGUUUCAGAGAUGCACCGGAUCAAGCACGACUAGUACAUUCUCUGAAAAUAGGGAACACGCUCUAUGGACGCGUAGACAACAAGAUAGUAUGCACCACCCGCUUUCCAGACUUCAAGUUCUUUUGUGACGUGGCGGCGUGGCCGUUCCUAAAUCUUCGCUCAUUCGAGUGCGUCGAGGGCUCCUGUACCCCUGAAGACCUCGACGUCUUGCAUGGAUGUCCCCACCUUGCAACUCUUGCUCUCGCAUGGCGCGAUAUCUUCGCUUUCCCGAACCUUGAUGGAUGGCCAGAGCUCGAGGUUCUGCGCAUCUACCCCUAUUCAAGUUACAUCCACCGCCGCACAGUUCGCCCCGCGACGCACAUGACGUUCAAUCGGUUGACGACCCUUGUAGUGCAGGACGCGGCCUUGUCGCCGUGGUGGAACAAUCACUUCGAUCUGCUGACCUUCCCUAACCUCCACGUGCUCAGCCUCCAGGAUCUGAUCUCGUCGCCGAACGAGGUGUACGGUUUUAUUGAGAGACAUCCCUCGCUGCGCGAAUGCAACAUCUCCUUCCAUGGGCUGGGGAUGUGCCUCAGUUUCGAGGGCCUGAUGAUGCUGAUUGAGGGUACCGGGAUUUGGACGCAUCAUAAUUUGCCAAUGCUCAGCGACGACCAUGAAUAUGAAGAAGAGAAGUCUCAGCAGACUCUCUUUGACUCUCCUUAUUUUCAGGAACCUCCGCCAGAUGAACGCGGAGAAACAUACAUCAGAUUCAGUUCCUUCGCCUUUGCCCGGGUUCCCUUUGUGCCCGAUUUCAGACUUACCCCAAGAGAUGCCAGGUACAAAGUGACCGCCCUCGCCUUGCCAGUCAUGGACCAGGAGACCUGGAUACAGAGGGACAUCCCGGUGACCGACAUACCUGGAUUUAUGAGAACGGUAGAUCGUUUCCCAGAGAUGCAGGAGUUGCGCCUGGCAUCUGCCACUGCUCAGUGGUAUGAAACCUUUACGUAUUUCAUGAAUGAGAUCGCUGCGCCCAUUGGCGAGUGGACGCAUCUCCGCAAGCUAAGUCUAUGCUACGAGAUGCCCCACUGCUGGUCGUGGGGCCCGGAAAACGACGAAGUGUCUCUGCCCGCUUGCGACAUAUUCGUCCUGGACGACGUCGAGCCGCCCAUGUAUUCACUGGAUAAAGAGGAAAGACCCUAUUUCUGGGACGAGGAGGAGGCAGAUCCACUCAAGUACUGGAAACCACAUCGAUACGCACCGAUGAACCUGCGCUAUCUACGCGAAGAAUUUCCCAUGGAGAUGCCGGCGUUCGAGGAGGCACUCCGCUGGACGCUCCGCGUCGACGACGAUGUAGACAUUGAUCCGCUCGACCGCAAUGUGCUUAUUUAUGCAUGGGAGAUACGACACGCCCCGCGUUGUGCUCGCAAGGUGCGCUAUCUCGCUGAACGCUCCCGGACACUGGAGGAGUUUGAGUGGUUUCUCAAUGGUCCUCACGGUGGUGUGCGGUGGAUGUGGAAAAUUCAGAGAGGGAAAGACGGCCGAAUUUGGUCCGUCACGGGCGAUCUUAACUAUGUGGGAUCAGUGCGUGGCAAUCCUCCUCCGUUCUUAGUGCUUGUCGGGCAGGAGCUGCAGACCAGUCUUGCACCCCGAUCCUUGUUUUACUGA